AUGCCCAAAGUGCGCCUUCAGGCACAAGCCCGCUUGAUUACACUGGUGGUCCCUUCUGUAAGGUUCCCACUACGACCCGCCACUGGGUCCAUCAGUCCCCCGUCGACCUUCCUCCCACUUCGUAACCCCUCCAACUUUGAACAUCUACAUUGCGGUAUCUACCAGUCGCCCUUUCACAACCACACCGAACCCAAGCCUCGCGAUACCCACACACGACUCAACAUGGGCGCAAAGGUUCCACGCAACUUCCGCCUCCUUGAGGAGCUUGAGAAGGGCGAGAAGGGUCUCGGAGCAGAGGCCUGCUCCUACGGUCUGAACGAUGCCGAGGACCUCUUGAUGUCCGACUGGAACGGAACCAUUCUCGGACCCCCUCACAGCGUCCACGAGAACAGAAUCUACUCCCUCAAGAUGCACUGUGGUCCCAACUACCCUGACGAGCCUCCCACGAUACAAUUUGUGAGCCAGGUCAACCUGCCCUGCGUCAACUCCCGCAAUGGCGUCGUCGACCCCAGACAGCUUCCUUGCCUGGCCAACUGGAAGAGAGACAACACCAUGGAGACCAUUCUCAUUGAGCUUAGAAGGUACAUGGCGGCUCCUGCGAACAAGAAGAUCCCCCAGCCUCCCGAAGUAUGGCUCAAUGAUUAUGACUUUCUUCACACCCAAAGCUCUGGACAGAGUGAGACGGAAGAGAACACCAUCGACAGCAUGCACCUCUGCGGUCUUCCAGAUGAGGACUCAGACUGGGUGUCGUAUCAUGUUUUGAUCCGGGUUGUGAUCCAAGGCAAAAAAUCAGAGUAUCCGGGCUUCAUAUUCGUUGCGAACAGAUGUGCCGUCUGCACCACGGAAUGGAAGCAUCAGAGCCUGGUGGGCCUCGGCCGAUGCCGUCGGCUAAUUAUCGGUAGGCAGAGGCAGCUGCAGCUUCCAGAGCUGUUCUGGAGCUCGCAACCUCGAUUUGAUCCACGCAUCUUCUCGAUCUACGUCAAUGCCGCAGCAGCAACAGACAUGGCUUCGGCGGUAACAAAAGCCGCACUCUCCGCGCCGCUGAGACGGGCUCUCGUCCAGUCCCAGUCGCGCGGCUUCCAGACCACCACAAAGAGCCUGCUUCCAUCAGCAUUCGGCUCCAGCUCCAGUAUCCCGCCCUCCUACUUCCAGAGGUCGUCCCUCCCCGCCAACACCGUCAUCCGCUUCGUUCCGCAACAGACGGCAUGGAUCGUUGAGCGCAUGGGAAAGUUCAACCGCAUCCUCGAACCCGGUCUGGCCAUCCUCGUCCCCUUUAUCGACCGCAUCUCCUACGUCAAGUCACUCAAGGAAAAUGCACUCGAGAUCCCCAGUCAAAGCGCCAUUACCGCCGACAACGUCACCCUCGAACUCGACGGCGUCCUCUACACCCGCGUCUUUGACGCCUACAAGGCCAGCUAUGGAGUCGAAGACGCCGAAUACGCCAUCUCCCAGCUGGCGCAAACCACGAUGCGAUCCGAAAUCGGCCAGCUGACCCUCGACCACGUCCUCAAGGAGCGCGCCGCCCUCAACACAAACAUCACCGCCGCCAUCAACGAAGCCGCCCAGGCCUGGGGCGUCACCUGCCUCCGUUACGAGAUCCGAGACAUCCACGCCCCCGCCGGCGUCGUCGAAGCCAUGCACCGCCAGGUCACCGCCGAGCGCUCGAAGCGCGCCGAGAUCCUCGACUCUGAGGGUCAGAGGCAGUCGGCCAUCAACAUCGCCGAGGGUAAGAAGCAGAGCGUCAUUCUGGCGUCCGAGGCCUUGCGCGCCGAACAGAUCAACAGGGCGUCUGGUGAGGCCGAGGCCAUCCUCAUGAAGGCCAAGGCUACCGCCGCUGGUAUCGAGGCCGUCUCCAAGAGCAUUGCCGACGGCGAGGAUGCGGCACAGGGCGCCAUCAGCCUGUCUGUUGCCGAGAAGUACGUUGACGCGUUUGGCAAGCUGGCCAAGGAGAGCACGGCUGUCGUAGUCCCCGGAAACGUGGGAGACAUCUCGAGCAUGAUUGCCACCGGCCUGAGCGUGUACGGCAAGGUUGGACAGGCACAGGCCAGGACGAUGGCGAAGCAGCUGGUCGGCAACGAGUCGGCGGAGGAGUCUGGCGAGGGAGCGUCCGGGGAACCCAAGCAGCUGAAGGAUUCGGUGCUUGAGAGCUUCGACCAGGCGGCGGGACAGAAAUGA